AUAUUCUAUAUACAGUAUUAUUGUAUACGGGCACAUACAUAUUAAAAAAUAUAAUUCAAAAUGGAGUCUGAGGACAGAUCGAAGGAGGUAACUGAUGACAAAUCCAAAGACACAUUGGAUGACAAGUCAAAAGAAGGAACUGAUGAAAAGCGUAGAGAAACAACCGAUGAGAAGAAUCGCGCUGUAUCUGAAGUCAACUCCAUGUUGCUACUGGGCACAGCCUCCUCGCGCGCCAAGUCCAUGUCCAAGUUGUAUACAGGAAAUAGUCCGCUCGCCUUGCGUCGCACCACUACUAUUCAGGUGCCGAAUGUGGACGUGAACAAGUCGCUGCAUCGCUUCAAGCACCGCAACCCGAACGACCCGCCCAGACCUAAAGUCGAGAUGGAUAUGAUAUUAUAUGAUGAAAAGUACAAGCCCAACGAUACUCCGGAUUUGUAUGACCGUGAGCCCAGCUUCCGGAAAUUCAAGAUACCCUAUCCGAUGAUAUGCGCCAAACGAUAUCAGGACUCGAUUAGGGCAUACGAAGCGCAACUGGAGCACGAGAUCAAGCAAAAUAUUGACUUCCAAAGAACUGCAUCCGAUGCUUGUUAUUUCAUGCGUUGUGUAGCUUAUACGACAUUUUGGCCCCCAUUGCACAACAUGACCGAGGUGAAGCAUACGUCCAAAAACUUCUUUCAGCUCACCAAAAAGGAAAAAUGGCGCCUGAACAACAUUAUGAAUACAGAUAUAAUAUAGCUAAGCGAUAGGUCAUUCGAUACUUUUCUAUUUUGCAUAUUCGAAUCGGGAAUGUGCACUCCAAUAAGUCGACGAACGCUGAGAGUUAUCAGACGAAAUCAACAGCCGUCAUAUAAUAAUGCGAAACAUAAAUAUGUACUGACUCUUAAGCUAUAAAUAUACACGUGCUCGAACAA